UCUUCCAUUUUGCAUCACAUUCGCUCUUGUAUUGAAUCUCUCUGCGAAACCCUCUUUCGAAGAGAGAGAGAGAGAGAGAGAGAGAGAGAGAGAGAGAGAGAGAGAAUGUUCCAUUCGAAGAAACCUUCAAGUAUGAGUUCAUCGUCUCAUGAGAACAGACCGAUGUGCGUUCAGGGGGAUUCGGGUCUUGUCCUAACCACCGACCCAAAACCACGUUUGCGUUGGACAGUCGAACUCCACGAGCGUUUCGUCGACGCAGUCACCCAACUCGGCGGCCCCGACAAGGCAACUCCGAAGACGAUCAUGAGAGUUAUGGGUGUGAAGGGUCUCACUCUUUACCAUCUAAAGAGCCAUCUUCAGAAAUUCAGACUGGGAAAGCAGCCGCAUAAAGAGUACAAUGAUCACUCCGCAAAGGACGGCCCGAGAGCUUCGGCGUUGGAUCUUCACCGGAACACUGCUUCGUCCUCCGGCAUGAUGAGGCACAGCAUGAACGACAACUCACACAUGGUUGAUGCAAUUAGGAUGCAAAUGGAAGUGCAGAGAAGGUUACACGAACAAUUAGAGGUGCAACGACACCUUCAACUAAGGAUUGAAGCACAAGGAAAAUACAUGCAGUCCAUAUUGGAGAAAGCUUGCCAAACACUAGCCGGCGAGAACAUGGCGGCAGCGGCCGCAGCAGUAGCCGGAGGAGGAGGAGGAUACAAGGGCAAUUUGGGAAUUAGUUCAGCUUUCCCAGCCUCGGGCCCACCUCCUCUCAGCUUCCCACCCUUUCAAGACCUCAAUAUAUACGGAAACACCGAUCAACUCGACCAGCAUUUUCGUCAAAACAUAGAGAACAAUUUCACCACCGGAGCGGAUACCAACAUUUACUUGGGGAAGAAGGGACCGAACCCUUUUGGUACAGAUGUCGGAAAGAGCAUGUUGAUGUGGCCGGAAGAUCAUCUCGGCCGGCUGCAUGAUCUCGGACUCCCACCGGCCUCUUCUUGCCAGCUCGACGAACAUCAGAUCCAGAUUCAGAUGGCUUCACAUGUUUCACCGGAUUUGGAUUCUCUGUCAGAUAUUUACAAUGCGAAGUCUGGUUUGUCGGGAGAUGGAUUGUGUGAGAAGAAGAUUGAAGCAAAUGGUGGGAAAUUACCCGAAAGGCCUUCUCCUAGAAGAUCGCCAUUGAGCCCUAUGAUGAACCCUAAUGGUGGGAUGUCAGCACAAGGAAGGACCUCGCCGUUUGGGUGAGAUACGUAAUCGAUUUGUUAUUAAUAGAUCGAUGUUAAGUCGUCAUGAAAUCGUGAACGAGAUCUAUAUAUAUAUAUAUAUCGUUCAUGAAGUUAGAGGUUUCGCAAUGAGGAGCAAUUAAACUCUUGUGCGGUUGAUGUUAUUUUUUGUUGUUGGAGUUGUAACGAUACUGAUUUGUUGUUAUAAUAUAUGUAUUCAUUAGACUCUC